AUGACGCAAGACAACGGAGACCGAGGCUUCAAGGUCCGGCCUCUUUUGGACAUCAUGAACCGUUCAUUUCAAAAGUACGGUGUAUUCCAGGAGAAACUGGCAGUGGGCGAAAUGAUCGUCCCCUACCACGGCGACAACCGUCCGAGGCGGUUUCGACGUGACGAGCCCAAUCGCCUCGGCUACAAGCUUUGGACCAUUUGUGGCGGCGACGGCUACUGUUACAAGGUCGACCUCUACUGCGGCAAAGAACAGGGUCCCGAACUUUGCGGUCAGCCGCUGGGGAGCCGGGUGGUUCUGGACAUGAUCAGCGUGAUAUCUGAUCCCAGCGGCCAUGAGGUGUUCUUUGGAAACAAGUUCACCUCCAGGACUCUCCUCGGCCAGCUGAAAAGUCGAGGCAUCCGUGCCACCGGCGUUGUGAGAGAAAAACGCCUUGGCAAAUGCCCAGUCAGUACCGUUGAGGUCAUGCGCGAGAUGAAGCGUGGCUCGUAUGAACAGCGGUUCGAUCUCACAGACCAAGUGCUGUUAAUCAGAUGGCACGACUACGGGGUCGUAAACGUAAUGACUAAUUACGACACCGCCAACCCGACCUCCAACGUCGACCGGUACGACAGUGAAGCUAAGAAACGUGUGCCAGUCCCUCAGCCCAAGGCGCUGAAAACCUACCAUGCCGCCAUGAGUGGAGUCGACCUCCACGAUCAGCUCCUGGGAGCAUACCCGGUGUCCAUCCGAGGAAAGAAGUGGUACUGGGGCGUCAUCACCCGACUGCUGGAUAUCGCUGUAGUCAACAGCCACAUUCUUCACAAAACAGCCGUCACCGGCGACAAACAGCUGUCCCUCCUGGACUUCCGCCGAGAGAUCGCCGUCACCUAUCUGAAGGCGGCAGCCAGCCAGAAGGGCUGCGGUGCCCGGCCUCUGCCAGCCAACACACCAGCCAGCCUGCGGUACGACGGGAUCGGACAUUUCCCCGCGCCACUCCACGGGCGUCGCCAGUGUCAGCUGGAGAGCUGCAAACUGCGCUCAACAAAACGGUGCAACAAGUGUGACGUGGCGAUCUGCCUUAAGUGCUUCGUGGCGUACCACCAACGGAGUUAG